AUGAGAAUGUUAGGAUUACAUCCAGCUAAUGCUAAGGAUCGCCCAGCGUCUAAUACGGAAAUGGAACUAUUUUGGAAUGUUAUUUCCAGGCGUUCCACUGUGGAAAAUGGGAAUGCUUCAACUGCUAAAUCAACAGCGAGAGAAAAGGAACCACAACCGUUGAAUAAUGUAGAUUCUCAAGCCAAGGUUAAGCCAACUAUUCAGUAUCCACGGCUAAUUGAAUACAAAUGUGGAGAAUCGUUAGCUAUUAGAACUAACAUAUUACAAAGGGAGUGUGCCUCCACUGUAGAUAAUUUUGGUGUACCUGAUUUAGUACAUGUUACAGAGUAUGAUAGUAUUCACCAUCACAACAUAGGAGAGCACCACUAUAUUACAGGGAUAGAUGUUUCAAGUGAGGCAAUGCCUAUCGCAUACCUAAAUACCCUAAGGUUAAAUAGGGAAAGUUCUAAGGAGCAUCGGAGGGUUUCUAUGUACUGUACAUUUAACAUAUUUUCAAGGGUUGAUAUACGCAUUAGAUUUGAGUCGGAGAAGAAUUAUCAAAUUAAUAUAAUUAAUGUCAAGGGCGAAGAGGAACUCAAGCUAAGCGAACGACUAUGGGAUGAGACUUUUGUAAGCGGAUGUAUUAGAAGCAUAGUAAUCAAUAGGGAUCGUAAUAGGAAAGUCCCAGGCUUGGUAGAAUAUCCCAUCGGCCGAGAUGCGGGACAUCUGUACUGCCAAAAAGUGAUUACUGGGCUAUGCAAAUUCAUACCGAGGGCAAUUGAGGCUGGAUAUGACCCGGCUCUCUACGAUUCACCGUCCUAUUUACAGAACUACGUUGUGGACACCCUAUCUCACUUUUUAUCUAUGUCUCAGCACGUGAUGUAUGACUUCACAAUCAAGUUAUUAGACAGGCUAGCGGCAGAGGAUUCUGAAAAUGAAGUCCAGUAUAGACUGGUGCAGUCCAAGAUAGCGUUGGAAAGCCAUGCCCACGAGGUAACUUCAGUCAAGUUGAUUCAUGAUGGCAUCAAUAAGUUUUUCCCUAACAUUACGAAGCUCUCUCAAACCCAGCUGCGGGAUCUAGUUGAUUUCCUGAACAUGCAAGUGAAAUUCCUCAUCCGUAAAGCAGAUUUUAAACUAGCGCUACCAAUAGCAGAUCGUGCAGUAUCGAUUGCACCUAAUAGUUUCAUAGCUUGGCACAAUUUGGCCGUUUGCCACCUAGAAUUAGCUCAUUACGACAAGGUGCUAGGUGCCAUCAGCUCAAUGCCUCAUCUUGCGUUUCCCACGCUUGUUGAAACUGCACUAGCUGACGUCAUAGAGCGCAAUUACUACAAAAAGCCACUCGGGGCAGAGCCCACUAGCAACCUGUUCCCAAGAGAAUUGACCUACGUCACAGACACUUUCACAGAUAUGAACAGUCUAGAACUCCGCACCCUCAUAUACGGCAGAACUGUUAUGUCCAAGCCCACAGACCACGGCGGCUAUCUCCAGGAAAUUUGGAACGGCCCAUGCAAAAUCCUGGGCCCAAUAUACGGCGUCCGUAGCUGUAACAUUAUAAACUUUGUUUCUGAGGCAGAAGUAAAUGCCAUCAACCACAUGGAAUUCCUAGAACGCAAUAAAUUAGCGAACAGCCUAUCUCCUUCAGAAGCCGAAGUCUACACCCUCCUAAUGCGUAUAAUACAAGAAAUCGGCUGGUACGAGUUCCUGGAACUCCGGCUUCGAACCUUCGUCACAAAACAGGAGUACUCAGAGCACUCCCAAGUCAUCCCCACAGAACUAAAAUCAAAGCGCAUCUGCGGCACAUGGCUCGAAAAACUCGUCAUGCACAUCUAUCACGACCUAGAAGCCUGUCUGCACAUAGAUCUCAACUCAUCGGAAAUGAAAAACAGCGCUCUAGAAUGGCAGCUCAUCGGUUUGACUCUAGUUCGUAUCGGUAACUAUGAUGAUGCCAUCGCCUGUCUAAAAACUUGUCUCUCCGCACGAUUCGACAUCAUAACCGCCGAAGCCCUAUUGAAGCUAUACAUCGACGGUCAUUACAGCGAACAAGACAUAGACAUCAUAAUAGAUCUGGUGAUUAGAACCUGUGCAUAUGCGUUACGUUUUUAUGAUAGGUGUCAGUGGUUAACCAUGCGCGCUCUCGCAAAGCUAUGUGACCAGCACACAAAGGAGAUUAUAACAAGCCGCAUCCAAGUCUGUUGUGUGGAAAAUAAUGGAAUGAUUUCACUACUAGAAAGAUUCCUAAAUCAGAUAUACCAAGACUAG